AACUUUGACAGCUCGCAGACCAGAACUUUGUGUGUGUUGAAAGCGAGUGAUGUGGCUUUAUAAUAAGCAGCGAGAAAAACCAUGAAAAAGUUAAAUUUUGCUGGUUUUGUACAUAUUAGCUGUUGUGUUUUAGUGCUAACCGUUGCCGGAAGUGGCGCGAAAGAAUGCGGUGAUCCGGAAUGCAGGACUCCGAUUGCCACGGCGUAUGCGACGCUCGGUUACAUGGGCGGAGGUGGCCAGAAGGUCAACUUAGCGAAAGGCGAAGUGCUGCAGAUCCUAGGGCGAAACUUUGGCAAGGAUAAGGAUUAUCUGGUCCAGAAAAAGGACGGAAAGAUUGGCUUGGCCAGCACCAAAUUCCUACGGGAAACCAAAAUUAUCAUCUCGGUAAAAGAUCGGAUCGUGAUUCCGGAUGAGGAAUUGCUGGAGAAUAUCAAUCCAAGCGCCAGUACCGAGCAAAGUGUCGUAGAUGGAACUACCAUUGGCAGUGUUCCGUUUACGGAGCAACCCGCUCCUGCCCAAGAACCGGCACCGGUUGAAGAGAAAACUCCAGAUUUGGAGGUAGUCCCUUCGAGUCAGGAGUCAACAAGUCUUCCACCAAAAAUCACAGAGGAUUCUGAUACGAUGAAGGUCACUGAGAAGGAAUCAUCAGAAGGUCGUGAAAAUGACCUCGAUGCCGAAGAGGAAGAUGACGAAGAAGGAGAAGACGAUGCAGAGGAAGUUAUAGGAGAAGAUGACGAUGGUGAAGAAGAUGCAGAAAAUCAAAGUAGCGAACAAAUUGCAUCUAGUUCUAGUGAUUUGCCCGUGGAGCCAUCUAGCUCAACUUCAGGGGAAGUUUUAGAUGAGGCUGUGAAAGUUGAAAAGGAAUCCGGCGAAAAAGUAGAUACUUCGUCCAGUGAAGAGAUAGAGCCUUCAACGGAAAAGGCGACAACCGAUACAAUCGAAACAACUGCAACAGAAGCUCCAGUUGCUGAUAUUCCUGAGGUUCCACCACCGGAAUCGAUGGAAGUUACUACACCAAGUUCUUUAGAAGAGCAACCAACGCAACCAAUGGAACCCAUUGAAACCUCCACUGCAGUCCCAGGAGAAGUUCUGACUGAGACUGAGACUGUGUAUCCGGAAACAGUGCCCAUUGUAGAUUCUCGAGUGGAAAUUCCUGUCACCGAGCAACCCGAGCCACCGCUGGAAGCUUCAAAUUCAAAUGUCGUUGACUCGGUCCCCCCACCUUCGGAAUCAGCCUUACCUCAACCACCCUCAGGACUGCUUCGGGGAGGCUUGGGAAGCCUUCUGUCGCACUCGCAUCAUCACCAUCAUCAUGGACAUGGACAUGAUCAUCAUGGUCACGAUGACCAUCAUCAUCAUCAUCACCUGCAUGUCCAUCAUGAAGGCGGUCAUCAUCAUCACCAGCAGCAGCAACAGAAUGAUAUCCCGGAAACCGACAGUCAACGGCAGGUGGAACCGGAAAAACACGAGCAUGAAUCACCUCUAUUGAGCACGGGAGGUGUGGGGGUAGGAUCGUUCCAGGAAAUUCCAUCGCAAGCUCAGAUCUUGGAGGAGAAAAAACCGGAUUUCUCUUUCAGCGAGCAAACGAUUCCGCACCAAAGCCAACAGGAACAACAGGAAGCUGUUCCUGAAGACGGUUACUGCGACCAGCAGUCUUGCCUUGAUGACUCGGUGUCUUCAACGGAAACGGAAAGUCACGGUGAGGAAGAAAUGGAUUAUGCGAAAAUGUUCAUUCUGGAGCUGUUCAAAUUGAGCGACUUGAUUCUUCUGCUGGCCAUCACUUCAUUCACGUUGAUUGUAUUCUCCCUCGGUCACUACUUGAUCAAUAAAAACCGAAAGGAGAAACCGCUAAUCUACAAGCUCAACAUGGUAGAACGGGAUCUGAUGGCAUCCCAUAAGGAAAAUGCUAUGCUGAAAAGCGAUUUGACCGAAACGAAACACAAACUCAUCAGCAUCGAAAACAAUUCGUUCGGUUCCAACGAUAUGGUCAUCGCACUCCGACAGGAGCUGGAGGACAGCGAACAGACCAAACUGGAAAUGCAGGAACAGAUCGCCUCCCUGGAAAAAGAACUAGAGAAUGCCGCCGAAGCUGGACUGGAGCUGAACAAAAUGGUCGCCGAACUGUUGAACCAAAGUGGAAGUGAUUCAAUCGCUUUGACGGUCGAUGAACUACAGAAGCAACUGAAUGAACAGCAGCAGACGAUUCUGUCGAUGAAUACCACCCUGGCGGACAAGAGCCGUGAGAACAGCGAACUCCAGAUCACGCUUGCCAAUCAAACGGCAAAAUUCCAGCAGGACAUGGAAGACCUUCAGCAGUCGUUGAACGAUAUCAAACUGGAGAAGAACAAUUUGGAGAUCGAGCUUAACAACUUUAAGAGCGGGCAGGGUUCCCAGCUGGACAUUUUAAGAAAUGAAACGAGUGCCGAAAUUGCUAAACUGAACAAAGAAGUCAAGGCCUAUCAGUUGAAAUGGGAAGAAGCCAAGAAAAGCUUGAGUGCGGCGGAGGCCAAGGUAGAAGCUCUGGAAGACUGCAUAAAGAAUAUCAAGAAGGGCAAUUCUGGCGGUUCGAUUGACGGAUUGAUCGAUUCAGCCGAACUGAAGGCACAACUGUCGGUUUUGAGCAAAGAAAAAGCUAGUCUACAGGAUCGAUUGCAGGGAGAAAUUGUUGCACGCCAACUAUUGGAGGAUCAUGUUAAAAUCAUCAACGAAGAUAUUUCCUCUCUGAAAAAGGAGUACGGUCAAGCCGAGAAGGAUAAGCUCGAAGCGGAAACUCGGCUGGAAGUAUUGUCGUCCUACUUUAAAGAUAAGGAAACACAAUUGCAAAAGGAAUUGAGCAUUAAGGAAGCAAUGUGGAUGCAGCAGCAAGGGGAAACCACCAGCACCGUCGAAAGGAUUCGACUGAUGCAGGAUGAGAUUCAACAGCUGAAAUCCCAAAACGACAAGCUCCGCGCUGAAAUCGAAGCUCAAGCCACUGCCCACAAAGCGCAGUAUACCGCGCUGGAGACUCGAUCACACGAUGCCUGGCUAGCGGCUCGUCAAGCCGAACGUCGUCUCGAGGAAUCGCGCAACGAAUCCAGCGCUCUGCGGCGUAAACUUACCGCCCUCGGUGAUGUGUCCGUCAACAACUCGGCGACCGAUGGUCUCAUUCCCAAUGCAGUUCCUCCGACGGACAUGAACCUGACCGCCCCGUCACCUAUCCGGGUAGAAUCCCCCAAUGCACCUCCCAUGAUGGCCCUCCCUCCACCUCCGUUUAUGCCUCCUCCGUUUGUACCUCCAUUCAUGCCUCCGUUUAUGCCUCCGCACGGCCCAGGGGAGAUGCGCCCUGCUCCUCUUGGUCGUCUUAUGUCCCCUCCUCCCCCGAAUCGCUACAGUCCCAGUCUGAUAGACAGUCGCGAUCGGUACACCCCCGAACGAGGUCGGUACUCACCGGACAGUCGGUACGAAUACUCUGUGAUGUCCAAUUACGAAACGGAAACAGACUUCAGCCCUCCCCCCUCGCCACCCCCGCAUUCACGACGAUCGAAUUAUGAUCGCGAGCGUAAUCACCGAUCGGAUCGCGAACGGGAUCGAGAUCACGAUUUGCGGGACCGUGAUCGAGACCUUCGGGAACGAGAUGGCCGUACUAGCGGCAGUGCAGGUGGAGUCGAUCGAGGCAGCGGAACCGGUGGAUAUCCGAAAGCGUUUUCGCCGCCAAGCAUGAGGACAACCUCGCCGCCCAUUCAGGACCCUAGGAACAAAAAAUAUCAAGCAAUUAAACAAUUCAAAGAUUUGAAAAAUUUCUGGAAAUCAAUGGAAGACUGAGGAGAAUCUUUGGAGCGGUUUCAGUUCCGGCUCGCAAGACUCGAUUUCAACCCGGAAGAGCGGCAAACAGUAUAAAAACAGUAAACCCUCGGCAUAACUAUGCAGCGUUACAGUGGAUUACACCUGAAUAAGUGUAGAAAAUUUUCCUGUAUCAUAUACGAAAUGGUGUAUAUGUAUUUUGUGAGCGAAACGGGGCUUUAUUACUUCAUGUUGAGGUUAUGUUUAUUUGUUACGUAUUUUCAAUUUCCUGAGUUUCUUUUCAAAUGUAGCCUUAAUUAUUGUAAAAUAUUCAAUCAAAAAUUAAAAUUUUGCUCCCUAUCAGAUUCCUAAAUCUCACAUGAAAACAAAAUGGCAACACAUCGAAAUUUAGUGUAACUUUAGAACAUGGUUUCAGUUGAAAGGAAGCAGGCAUUUAUGAUUUAAUAUGAAUUGAAAUGAAUUUAUUUUGACCCACCUUUAUACAAAUCAUACUGCAAAACUGUUGCAAUAGUCAACUAAAAUGGUGAAUAGCGUCAUACAAACCAACUAGAGGUUAUUCAACAAAUUAAUCAAAAUACAAAGUUUAUACGAA